GCAUAGGUAAGUAGCAUUUUAUCUUCUAAUAGUACUUUCACAAAUUUCGAUUCCCAAUGUUUAGAUUUCUCUGCAAAAGCUUAGAGUUAGGCUGUUCAAAUAGAGUUAAUUUAUUAGUUCAUAAAGAACUUCACUCUUUUCUUGAAAACCCUUCAAUAUUAUCAUGUCUCAGACACAUUUCAUCAGUGAAUACAGAUGAUAUAAAAGAACAUUCCUUUACAGUCUCAUACCUUAUGAACAAAUGCGGGUUUUCUCUAAAAUCUGCUUUAGAAGUGUCUAAACAAGUUCAUUUUGAAACCCCAGAUAAGCCUGAUACUGUUCUUGCCGUUUUCAAGAACUGUGGCUUCUCAAAAUCCCAUAUUUUGAACCUUGUGACGAGACGGCCAACGGUGCUUUUGUCUAAACCUAACACAACACUUUUGCCCAAGCUUGAGUUUUUCCAAUCUAAAGGUUUUUCCAGCCGUGAUGUUAUCAAAAUCAUAUCAUCCUACCCAUGGGUUUUGAUGUACAGCUUAGAAAACAAGUUAGUCCCUGCUUUUGAUUUCCUUGAAAACUUGCUCCAAUCUGAUGCCUCGGUCAUCAAAGCAAUCAAGCGUUACCCUGGUAUUCUAUAUAUUAAUGUUGAAAACAUGGCACGUGUUGUUGAUGUUUUACGAGACAAUGGAGUCCCUAAAAAGAAUAUUGCUCUGCUAAUCCGUUCCAAGCCUUCUAUUAUGAUUUCAAAUCUGGAGAAUUUUAAAAAGCUUAUACAGAAAGUGGCUCUAAUGGGAUUUCGCCCUUCAAAGAGUCAAUUUGUUUGUGCAAUCAUGGUGCUGAUGUCCUUGAGCAGAUCCACUUGGGAAAAGAAGUUUGCUGUGUAUAGGAGGUGGGGUUUGUCUGAAGAAGAAAUUCUUACAGCAUUUGUAAAAUUUCCAAUGUUUAUGCGCAUAUCUACAGAGAAGAUAGCUGGAUCAAUGGAUCUUUUUGUCAACAAAUUAGGUUGGGAGUCUUCCUAUAUUGCCAAAAAUCCAACUUUUUCAUCAUAUAGCCUUGAGCAAAGGCUAAUUCCAAGGGCUUUGGUAUUGCAAUUUUUAGUUUCUAAAGGCUUGGUUGAGAAGAGUUUCAGGAGCCUUGCAUUCUUCAAUACACCUGAAGAUAAGUUCCGGCAGAUGUUUAUUGAUCAUCAUGCCGAAUCUACCCAGAUAUUGAGAUUUUAUGAGGAAAAACUUAAUCUUUCAUCAGUUGUAAACUCUUCUGCAUUUUAAAUCACGGUCACUCUACAUUUUGUCUUGUUUUCUUAUUUUGUUCUUUGUUUCAGGAUUUCCAUAAAUUUGGCA